AAUUUACUCUUCCAAUCAAAAAGAGCAAACUGAGCUUGAGCUGCUGACAAACGGCUUGAUUUGAUAACAUAUCUGUUCUUCAAAUCCAGACAAAAAUUACCGACGCCGCGGAUUUGGAAUCCGGUUUUGCAUCGCCAUUCUAGGGCCAUUUGUGACAUGUGACGGGUGAGCAGUGCCCCAAAUACUCUGCGCCGUACUCGUAGAAUCACCCUUUUCAGUCGAUCGUCUCGGUCGGGAGAUGUAAAAGCUUCGAUCUUUAUGUGGAAUUAGGCUCUUAAGCGAUGAUCCAUGGUGGGGGCUUCUCUAAAAGCUUCCGCGUAUGCGCUAUUCAUCAAAAAGGAAUCAGUUUUGGAGUGAAGUUUUUGCUGGACUGAGCGCAAUCCAGCGGCAGUCUGCUAGAUUUUAUCAUGGCGGAGAAUAUUACAGCUAGGUGUGCUGAGAGCUUGAAGUUAGAUUCUGUGGAAGAUGCUUGGGUGAAUGGGAUGUUUCACAAUGUUUGUGGUCCUGUAAACGUAGGUAUUUUAAAGAGGGAGCUUGGAGAGAAAGCUAAGAUGGAAGGGGGGUUGACAUUUUGCAACAUGUUCAUUAAAGCGACUGGAAAGAAUUGGGUUACCCCUGCAUAUGAAUUCCCAUUCAAUUACCUUGAGGAUAAGACUUACGUGGAAUAUGAACCUGUAUGUAGUGAUACAAAUGAAAGGUUUAUUCGAGAUUAUAGAUUUGAUGUCUCUAAGUUGGAACCUUCGGCUGCAAAGAGAAAGAAGGUCGAAGUCCCUACCUAUCUCACCCAAAUCACUCAUAAGGCCUGGAUGGAUACAGAUAUUGCCUCCAAGUCCCCGGAUCAGGUGGAAAGAUUUGUUCCCAGAUAUUUGAGGAAGCUGGGUGUGAUUCUUCUGCCAGUCCUAGUUGAGCUGCUUGCUUGGGUUUCCCUUGAGACACUUACGCUCACAUUACUUCACCUCAGUGGCCAUACCUCUAUCACAAACAGGAGCUUUUCCUGGCAGGAUGGGCCACAAAAAGCCACAGAUCUAUUCACCUUACAUAGCUGCAGCAUCAGCAUUUACACACCUGGAGACAGGUCUGUCAUUCUGAUGGCUGUAGGGUCUUGCAAGCAGGGUCAAGAAAUAUGCUACCACCAGCUUGGAGUUGAGUGGUGUUGCCUUUGUCCUUCGAAGGGAGGUAAAGAAAUUGUUGUUUCUUAUGAUUGAUUGUAUUUUUAUGGAUUUGAAUGUAUUUCAGGGCCUAGACUUCGAUUGAGGCUAACUGAUCUCAAGUUUUUAAUGAAAUGGAUUUCUUUUUUUUAA